UAGCAUGCUGACGAGGCCCGUUCGAGCUGGCAACCCUGUGCGCAGUACCGCUUCCGACGUACCAUCUUUCCCGUGAAGCAAGAGUGAUUGUUUUCAACUUUAGUCUUAUUUAACACAAUUUUUAUUAAUGUCAGAGCCACAGUCUACGCUUCUACUAAGAAAACAGUUAGCAGAAUUAAAUAAAAACCCAGUGGAAGGGUUUUCAGCAGGCCUCAUAGAUGAUAAUGACAUAUAUCGAUGGGAGGUGCUCAUCAUUGGACCUCCGGAUACAUUAUACGAGGGUGGUUUCUUCAAAGCGCAUUUACAAUUUCCUAAAGAAUAUCCGCUGAGGCCGCCAAGGAUGAAAUUUAUAACAGAAAUAUGGCACCCUAAUAUCGAAAAGAAUGGCGAUGUGUGCAUAUCGAUCCUUCACGAGCCAGGCGAUGAUAAAUGGGGUUAUGAGAAAGCAUCAGAGAGAUGGCUGCCUGUUCACACAGUUGAAACAAUUCUUAUAAGUGUCAUCAGCAUGCUCGCUGAUCCUAAUGAUGAAAGUCCUGCAAAUGUAGAUGCUGCUAAAGAGUGGAGGGAAAGUUAUACAGAGUUCAAGCGAAAGGUGGCAAGAUGUGUUCGAAAAAGCCAAGAAGAGUGUUUGUAGGGGAAGAACGAAUAUUCAAACGGAAAGACUUAUUUAAUUCUGGGAAACCACGCACUGUAUGGCAUAAAACCAAGCGAAUCAUGCGGAUAUUGGAAUACAGUGCCACUGAAUACGGAUUAGAGCAAACCUGGGCGAGAUACCUCGUUAAGCUCUGUUGAGUCGCCGAACCAUCAACAACGUACGAGCCAUCGACAUGAAAAACAUGAAAACACACACAGCUCACCUUUCACACGAUGAACUAAUUUACAAAUAUACAUAAUACAAAUCAUCUGUACCAAUAAUACCCUAAUAUUAAUAGUGAUUGUAAACUUAACCCCCCUGUCCCUCCUGCCCAGCACUCUGUAAUUUAAAGUAUGUUUACGUUUAUCACUCAACAAUAUUCCUUAGCGUCGUUUCAUAUUUUCUUACUUUCGUAUUAUAAAUAAAUUUUUGUAAAGUCGUAAAAAAAAAAAAACAAAGAAGCAAGAAUCGUUGACGUAAGCCAGUAAAAUACAAUGUGAAUUACAUUUAUAUCAUUAUAAUUACCGAUACCAGACGUAUAAUUGCAAUGAUUGCAAUAUAUAUAUAUAUAUAUAUAUACCCUGUGUGUGUGUGUAUAUAUAUAUAUAUACAUAUAUGAUAUAAAUUUUUGCCGAACCGUAAGUUGCCAAAAUAACGAACGCUAGUUAGAGUAAUGAUAAUAAUGAAUAACAAUAAUAAUGGUAAUUAUUAGUUGAAUUAAUGUUAAGUGCACACGUACAUGCUGUGAAACAUUGUACUCGCUCUUCGUCACUAUGGUGGCCAUUUAUCCUUCCCCACCUCUCCGACUUGCGGUUCUACUACAAAACUUAGGUUGAAAUUGAAAUAAUUUUGUCCAACUAUAUAUAAUAAUAUUGUCAAUUAAAUUUUAAAACAAUGAA